GGAUUUCCCCAGCUGUUGGGGACGCUGGAGCUGACCAGCCUGAGCCCAGACUCUCUCAGACGAAGACGUGACGGCGGCGUGCAGCGCCCCUGGCAGAUGAGGGCGUACGAGGGCGCCUGGUGAAGCCCGCCAGUGAGGAGGAGGCCGCGGUUUCUUCGCCAAAGUCGCCGGCGAAGAUUUGGAGAUUGACUGGAGUGAACUCCGGAGUGUGCUCAACUACGCCAUGGAGACGGAGUUCGAGUUUGAAGGCUUCAGUAAGGACAUCUGCCGCUCCAUGAUCUCCAUGAUGGACGUUGACCGCUCCGGCAAACUUGGCUUGCGCGAGUUCAUCCGACUCUGGACCGACAUCCGCACCUGGGUGGUGAGCGACUCUGAGCCGACAUUCGCUCCUGGAAAAACUGCUUCCAGCUCUCCGACAAGGACGGACCCUCCAAGUUGUCCUGAGCUGCGCGCGGCGCUGGCGAGCGCGGGCUACAAGCUCAACAAGCACAUCUGCGACGCGCUCAUGCUGCGCUACGGCGACAAGGACGGCAACGGAACUUUCGGCGACUACAUCAUGUGCAGCGUCAAGCUCAGGAACAUGAUGGGUGAGUCAUGUGCAGAACAUGAUGGGGCGACGCUGCGUCAUAUGGCCAAACUCAGCGCGCAUGAGGGCAGCGAGGCGCUCGUCAGGCCAGCGCGGGUGUGCGGCACAAUCUGGGGCCCCGGUCUGCAGGGCCGCGGGGGGGGGCAGGAUUUCGCGCGCAUCCGGGACCACUGCCCCGAGACCGGCGUCCUGCUCGGGGACCUGCCGUCCCCGCGCACGACUCGUCGACCUUCUUCAGCAAGAGUCCCCCCAAGUCCUUCCAGCGUUCCCAU